CAAGAAUGGAAAAAAUGCCGCGUCGUCUACCGGUAUGGCAGCCCACAGAGCAAUGCAUCACAUCCCCUCCUGCUUGUCAUAUUUUAGCCGCGUCCUUCUACUGCUAGCUAGUAGUUGUAGUCUAUCUGAUCAAUAGAUCCAUCAAACAAUUUUCAAAGAUAAGGGUCGCCAUGGUAAAAGAAAUGGCAGCCAUUGUGGCUGUGGCUGCUCAAUCCAGAGGAAUUGGAUACAAAGGGGAAUUGCCCUGGAAACUCCCUGGUGAUAUGCGCCACUUUCAAAAGGUCACCAUGGAUAAUAACACUCCCGACUGUCAAAAUGCGGUCCUCAUGGGCCGCAAAACCUGGGAGAGCAUCCCCCCCAAAUUUCGACCCUUGAAGGGACGCAUCAACGUGGUACUCACCAAAUCACAACAGCCAUCCCAAACAAUGCCGGAAGGGGUCGUGGUGGCAUCGUCUUUGCAAGAUGCCUGUGAUCAACUCGAUGCUAUGAGCCACGUGGGACAAGUCUUUGUCAUUGGUGGAACUCAGAUCUACGAACAAGCCUUGUCAUUGGGAUGGGUGACACGUGUCAUUUGCACUCAUGUCUACAAUGUGCCCGAAACACAAAAGUUUGACGCUUUCUUUCCCGACUUGAAGGACACCGAGUGGGAGUGUGCGCCCUUUGACAAGGAAAAUGCCAGGCGACAGACCGAUUCCGCCUCGGGGUUGUCCUAUGAGUUUGUCGAGUUUACCCGCAAGAAGAAACCGUCCACAGAAAGAAUGAAUGACAAGCCACAAUCUUCCACCGAGGUGGUCAAAAAUACAGAAGAAAUGCAAUAUCUCGACUUGUGUCGGGAAAUUUUGGAAACUGGUGUCAAACGAGGCGAUCGGACCGGGACGGGAACCUUGUCCAAGUUUGGAACCCAAAUGCGUUUUUCCCUGCGAGAUGGGACCUUGCCACUUUUGACCACCAAACGAACCUUUUGGAGAGGAGUCGCCGAAGAGUUGCUCUGGUUUGUGUCGGGCAACACCAAUGCCAACGAAUUGGCCGCCAAGGACAUUCACAUUUGGGAUGGCAACGGUUCACGUGAAUUCCUUGAUCAACGAGGAUUGACCGAACGAGAAGUGGGGGAUCUUGGGCCCGUCUACGGAUUUCAAUGGCGUCAUUUUGGUGCCAAAUACGAGAACAUGCACACCGACUACACGGGACAGGGAGUCGAUCAAUUGGCCGACUGCAUCCACAAAAUCAUUCACAACCCCGAAGACCGAAGAAUCAUCAUGUCCGCGUGGAAUCCGGCCGAUUUGCAGGAAAUGGCACUCCCGCCCUGUCACAUGUUUUGUCAAUUCUAUGUGGACACGACAACCAACGAACUAUCCUGUCAAAUGUAUCAACGAAGUGCCGACAUGGGGCUGGGUGUGCCCUUUAACAUUGCUUCCUAUGCGCUCUUGACCCACAUGGUGGCACACGUUACCGGACGCAAACCUGGAGACUUUAUUCAUACGAUUGGAGAUGCCCACAUUUACUUGAAUCACGUCGACGCUUUGAAGGAACAACUCACUCGAGAGCCACGGGCAUUCCCCAAACUCAAAAUCAACCCGGAGAAAAAGAACAUUGAUGACUUUCUCUUUGGGGAUUUUGAAGUCAUUGGAUACAAUCCGCACAAGACCAUCAAGAUGAAGAUGGCAGUCUAGUUUCCUUGUGUCUGUAGAAGCGACAAUGUAUCCAACGGCACAGAUUAUGGAACCAAAUAGCUAGCUAGUAGCGAUUCGGAUGACUUGUAGUGUUGGUUGCUGCUACUCUUGACUUCUUAUAGCUAGGCCUUAGCAUGAUAUCUCUCAAACAAGGAGGAGCAUGGCAAGGUGAAGAUCUCGUCGGAACACUUUCCAACUAUCCAACUACAAUAACCCCUUGACCGGAAUGCAUGCAUGGGCUAGUCCUUGUAUCUCUCCUUCCAGUAGCUAGAACACGAUGCAGCGCAUCAAUAGAUACUGCAACUAUAAAUCGAUUGCCGUGGUUCACUUGCCAAGCGUUGCUGUAAUGCUGUUCUGUUCUGUUAGGACUGAUUGGCUCUGCCCGGAUCAAAUGGAUUUCACAGAUCCUUUUUGGCUUUUUAGCUUCCAUGAGCCUACUUGUACUAGCUAGCUAUUAGCUAUCUUCCACUAUAGUAGAACUCAAACAGCUUCUGUGACGACCACCCUCUGUGUUCAUACAGAAAUACACAGAGAAAAUUGAACAGAAUGACGUAGGGGACCCCGUUCACUUGCCACCGCCGUGGCGAGACGAGUGUUUCGGAUGGCAAAAUGCACAAGCUUUCGUCCUUCCGAGCGGCGACACGUUUGCGAAUCAGAUCCAUGAGUUCAUAGUCUUCCAUAAGCGGUGCUUGUGGUGGAUAUCCUCCAAGGUACGAAAAGUAGGUUGUUGGCAUGGAUAUCACGGAAUCGCCAUAGAUGGCAUGAAAUACUUUGGUUCGUAUGGUCCCCAACCAUUGUGCUGCUGCCAUUCCUGGCGGACAAGCUGUGUUUGUGGUAUGGAUGCGAAACGAAAAGGCACAGGCAAUGACACGAGUAGUUGUUGUUUCGUCAGAACCCAAGACGGAGAGGAUUUGAUCAUCCCACUUCUCGGGCAGCAAAUUGUCGGAAUGUAGAAAUGUCAGUAUUCUUCCAUCCGCAUGUUGGGCCCCAUGGUUGAGCGUGGCUCCUCGUCCUCCUCCUCCCGAAUACGUGGCGAUCUUGACAUUAGCCCAUUGCUGCUUUCCACCAGCAAAGACAGUUGCUUGUUCCAUGUGGGUGUUCCGUCCCGCAUCGACCAGCACCAGUUGCAAUCGUUGGGGAUUUUGGCUCGCAUCGAGGGCCCGUUGCAAAUUGGUUUGAAUGCGACUUCCAUCUUCCCCAAAGGCCGGCACGACCACACUAAUCUCAAAGGGAUGCUUUGAUUUUGAAUUGUUUUGUGGUGGUGCUGGUAGCUCCAGUAGUUGGGGCCAUAUUCGUUUGAGCUGGGCCAUCAAAAGGGAAUCUUUGCUGUCCUUGUGUUCGUACUGUUGCAUGGCUAUGGAUGCCCAUCUCCGUGCUUCUGUGCUGGAGCACAUGACUUGUAGCAGUUCCUUGUCCGUCAACACAUUUUCUGAUUUUUCCUUUUUGUGUCUUGCCUCCUUGAGGAUAUUCUGAAAUUGAUCGAGUGCCCCUGGAGUUUCCUCAUUGUUUCGAUUGGUGGUUACCAAUGGACACCGCCAAAUUGCCUUUGUUGCGGGAGAGGUUCCAGCGAGGUAUAGAAUGCCAAGGUAGCAAGCCAAAGCAAGUGCCACCACCCAUGAAAUAGCCGUUUCCAACAGAUCCCUUACUAGGAUACCCCACCACCACGGAUGAUCUUCUUCUCCAUCUGAUGUUCUUGGUUUCCUCUUGAAGGAUGACACCAAGCCCAGUAAAAAGCUUGCUGAAGGGAAUCCCUUAUCCUUCCUCAUUGCGAAGAAUAGAGUAUGGAUCCUUCUUUUAAAAUUCGCCCAGCAGAGCCGGUGUUUCCAGAAGGUCUGCCGUCAUUUACUAGCUAGCAGAAGCCGACCAGUCAGAGCUAACACUGUUGUUGCCUCUGCACCUAUUGUAG